UUGACCGCGCCGGCUGCCGCCAUGGCGGCCCGGGUGCUGAGGCCGCUGGCCAGGCUGAAGCCAUUCAACAGACUGCAAGUAAUAUUACAACAUUUGAAAAUGUCCAAGCAUACAGAUUCGACAGCUGAAGUGUUGUUGGAAAAGAGAGGAGGUGCAGGAAUAAUAACUUUGAAUAGACCCAAGGCUCUUAAUGCACUAAAUCUUUCUAUGAUCCAAAAAAUUUAUCCACAAAUAAAGACUUGGGAGCAAGAUCCUGAAACUUUUCUCAUAAUUAUAAAGGGAACUGGAGGAAAAGCUUUUUGUGCUGGGGGCGACAUCAGAGCUAUCACAGAUGCAGGAAAAGUUGGAGAUAGACUGGCACAAGAUUUCUUCAGAGAAGAAUAUAUACUGAACAAUGCCAUUGGCACUUGCAAGAAGCCAUAUGUGGCACUUAUCGAUGGCAUUACAAUGGGAGGGGGAGUUGGCCUCUCAGUCCAUGGACAUUUCCGAGUUGCUACAGAAAAGACACUUUUCGCAAUGCCAGAAACAGCCAUAGGCCUUUUUCCUGACGUAGGUGGAGGAUAUUUCUUGCCAAGACUAUCAGGAAAGAUUGGCUAUUACCUUGCACUAACAGGAUUUAGGCUGAAAGGAAGAGAUGUACUAAAAGCUGGCAUUGCUACACAUUUUGUAGAAUCUGAAAAGCUGCCUGCCUUAGAGAAAGACCUGAUAGCACUGAAAUCUCCUUCAACAGAAAAUAUUGCAGACUUACUGAACUCUUACCAUGUCAAGAGCAAAGUUGACCAAGAAAAGGAGUUUGUACUUGAUGAACAUAUGGAGAAGAUUAACAGUCUUUUCUCAGCAAGUAGUAUGGAAGAAAUCGUUAAAAAAUUAAAGCAAGAUGGUUCUCCUUUUGCCAUUAAGCAGCUAGAGACUAUUAGUAAGAUGUCACCUACAUCCUUAAAGAUGACUUUGAGACAGCUCAGAGAAGGAGCUUCCAUGAGCUUACAAGAUGUACUCACAAUGGAAUACAGACUGAGCCAAGCAUGCAUGAGAGGCCAUGACUUCUAUGAAGGGGUUCGAGCAGUGCUGAUUGACAAAGACCAAUCCCCCAGAUGGAAGCCAGCUGCUUUAGAAGAAGUCAGUGAUGAAUUUGUGGACAAUUGUUUUAAGCCAUUGGGAAACAACGAUCUCAAGUUGUAAAGAUCAAGUCUAUUGACAUCUUAUACCUCUGCUUAAUUCUAUGAUAUAAAAAAUUAUAGUAGUGUGAUAAAGUUUGCCAAGACUCUUUUAGCUAACCUGAGAUCCGUAAGUCUAAUUUUCUGCAUUCAGGAACAUUCUCUUUUGUUAUGCUGCCAUAAUGACAAAAUAAUCAUAUCUCUGGUUAGUAAGGGGGAAAAUUACUUCAGGGCAAAUCAUUAUUUUUUACUGCUUUACACAAUGAUUAACAUUUAAUUUUUUGCAUCAACUCUUGGUUUAGGAGGAACCUUUGGGGGAGACAGGAUAGUUAAGGGAUGUCCUUAUAAGCAAGAAGUCAGGAGACCUUUGUGUUCUUGGCUCUGUCACUGAUCUGUUAAAUUGGGAUUGUGCCUCAGAUUCUUCUCUAUACAAUGAAAAUAAAAUAUACUUAAAGCUUUAAAACAGUCAGAGCUACAAAGGAAAAUGCAAGACAUGCUAAAUCCAUGGUGUUAAGUAGUCUUUUAAAUAAAAGGUCAGACUGACAUGUUAUUAGGCUAAGAGCAAGAAAUUGUUCUAUUGAUUUAACAUGUGGUCAGUAUUCAGUCUUGCUAUGUGAUGUAGACAUUGUUUCAAAUGUCAUAAUAUUGACAGAGCCUAGAGCACACUCCUGUUUGCUUGUAAAACCAAUUUUUUAAAAAUGCCAUUCAGUUUGAUUGAACUGCAUAAUUAGUUUUUCAUUAUUUCAAAAAUUGCUAGUUUUUCCUGGUCUUACAGCAGUAAAGAAAUAACUGUUUCAGACCUUCCUCUGACCACUAAGCAGCACAUUUCCUGUUGAUGUUAGUGAUUGUCUAAUGAUUUUAGUGGUAGAGGUCAGCCUGGCCCUAAUACUGUAAGUGGCCGGAGUUUAUCUGUGCCAACUAGUCUGGGGUCCCGUUUGCUUGUGCCCAUGAACAUCCUGUCUGCCGGGUGGAAAAUCUGUGGUAAGUAGGGGGAACACAGCAAUAUGUACUGAAGAUAACGAAUAGUGGAAGACAUGAAAUAUCUGCUACUACAUGGAUUGUAUAGUUUUUUAACACAACAUAUCCUAACAAAUGUAUUUGUUGGGAUCAAAAUCUAAAUAUACAUCAAAACAUUCUCAUCAUAUGUGCAUUAAAGGUUGCUGGAUUCUGAUAGUAAUACGUGAAGCUACAUGACAUAACCAGAGCUCCUUGAUAAAAGUAUAAUCUUUUGGGAGGGGUAAAAUUAAUUUUUCUAUUGUGUAUGCAACACAUAGCUACUAAUCUUUCUUCAACAUUAAGACUGCAUGCUUUUUUAUGGUUAAUCAAAUCAUAUAUCAGUAUCUCUUCCUACUUGUUCCUACAGUUAUAAGCAGGUCACAAAUACUGAGACUAAAGGAAGAAAACUUCCAUUCAAGUAACAGUCAGUAAUCAGCACUGGGGAAUCAAAAAGUCAGAGCUACAGCAGAACUGUUACAGAGUUUUCAAUAUUGGGUGUUUUUUAUUACCGACAGUAAUGGUCUACAGUGGCUUAAGGCUCCUUCCUUCCUAGAAGCUGUUGCCUGGAAACAAAGUCCAGGAAAUUCAGGCAUCAAGGUGAACUACUAGAGUGACUUUCAAAGAAUCAGAGGUGAGCAAAAUGGAGAACAAAAUCAAGAAAAAAAAAAAAGGCACCUUGGUCACUGGAAUCUUUAAAAUAAAAUUUUUAAAAUUUCAGCUGCCAGUUAAUGUUACCAUGUACAUAUUGUUAUGAGACAGUCCUUGAGCUUAUUUUCAAAAGAAGUUGAGAGAUUUCAUUAAUACCUUUAGGGUAUAGGGUAACUUCUGAAAAUAUGACUUGAAUUUCUACCUCAUGCUGGUUCUGUAAGAAAUGUAAACCUCCCCCCUUAUUUCUUAAGAUUUUUUAUGUUUAAAUUCUUAAACAAUGGCUAUUUUUAAUUUAUUUUUAAAAAUUGGUUCAUUCCAUUGUUUUUGUACAAAAGGAACAAUCUUCAGCGAUUAUAUUUAAUGAGAAACACAGUAAUCCCCAGGGAGUAGGGAUCAUGCCUUCUCUGACUGAAAAGGACUUACACCAUUUUAGCAAGAGUAUACUUACAAAUCAAUAAACUUUUGACUUGCAUGUUCAGUUGCUUCCAAAAUUUAUGUGAAGAGGAAUUAUCCCAAACUCAUGGUAACAAGAUCCUAGCCAAUCUGUGCAUUUUUAUCAAAUAAAAGUCGUACACAAGCAGAUGGUAAGUUUAAUUUUAUUUGGUCCACAAGAAAAUAUUUUCCACAAAAAAUACUGCAAAAAUAUAUUGUAGUGUGUUUUAUUUGGGAAUACUGAUGUGUCUUACUCCAGAAAUGUCAAUUUUACAAAGUUGUGCUGCAGUUAAUGUGUUUUGAACCAUUAUUAGAAUAUCAACUCAGUCACAUCAUACCCACUCAGACUAUACUUAUGUUUCCUGGAGAAAAUAUAAAGCAAAUGUAUUUUUAACUCCUAAAUAGAAGUAAAUGGCUUUGCAGAAUGUGCCAGUCCCAUACUGGAGUACCUUUAUUACACAAAAUCAAGUCAAAGAAUCAGUGGCGACUUAGCUAGAAAGCCACUCUUAAGUGGCUUUAUAAGACUAUAGCACAGUUUAGAGUAAUCUAAUGAUAAGUAAACAUGUAAUUUUAUUUAGGUAAAGAAUUCUUUAUUUUUAUUAUUAUUAUGUGUUAGUAUUGUGCCUAUUAAAAAUACAGCAAAACUCUGGAAAGAUAUCUCCUUUGAGGUCUCUCUAUAUUGUAGUGUUGAACAGAUUUUUUAAAAAAUUUUUUUAUUAAGGGUAAGUGCAUUAUUUAAUAAGGACAGCAUCUUGUAAAAGAGAUUAUUUCCCUGGUGAGAAGCUGUCCCCCUGUUGUUUGUAAGCUUGUUUGCUUUCCAUUUGCUGCAUGCUUUCCCUGAAGUGCCAAUGUCAUAGAAAGCAUCAUAAACCAGCUGGAAUUGCACUUCAGGCCAUAUUGAAGCUGCUGUAAUCUUCAAGCAUUAAUGAGGGAAGACAAGCUUUGUGGUUGCAGGUAAGCGACUGUUUGGACAUAACAAGCAGCCCGUGAUUCAGUCACUAUCGCAUUAUGGGUGGCUCUCUGAGCAAACAGUGCAGCCGUCCCACGCACCAGGUGCUCCAAAUGGAAGCUCACUGUGAUGCAUGUUUAAUUAUACCUACGUAACUUUCUCCUUUCGGGAAAUUUUGAGCGUUUAUCAGCACAGAUGCUAUGACUUAACUUUAGGCUAUUUUACCUUAUAAUUCUGCCUGCUGUUGGACUGUGCAGUGGCAGCCUACCAAUGAAGCUCCUUUCAAAAGUGCAUCUGAUACUCUGACUCCAGAAGAGUUCCAGAUGCUAAGGCUACAUCCAAAGAAAGGAUCUGAGACAUUGCAACAGCAAACACUGCAACACCUAACUCCCCGUGGCAGCCACCAAGGUAUUUGUACAAGUGUCAAGGCAGAUACACCUAAAUGCUCUCUUAAAGUGAGUGCAGUUUUCUGUCUGCUAUUCACCUAUCUGGCAAAUAAUGUCUAUGGAGUUGAGGCUUUUUUUUUUUUUAAUUACUGUCUUUGGCAGUGUUAACAUUCUUGAGCCGAGACUAAUGUUACAGAAAGGUUGGCCCUUUUUUUGUAAUAAAGCUUUAUUUUAGCUAUAAUAAGAAUAGGAAUAUUUUUAAUACUGUGGGUCAGCAAUGUCCAAUUAACAUGUACUGAUCUGAUCAGUGGUUUGGUUUUGCUUUUUUAAUUCACCCUAGUAUAUGGCAUGGAGUUUUUUUAGAUGGAGCAAAUGUAGGGUAUGAUCUAACGUUUUACAUGCUUUAGAGCUUCAAGGAAUAUCACUGUUAGCAGUAGAAUUUAAAUGGACCAUAAUACCUUCGUCCCACUUUACAUAUGGCUUCAAAGAAGACUACAUUACAAUAUAAGCAGACUUUGUUCCUUUUUUCAGCAAAAGCCUGAGAACAGUCUUAGUAGCAGGAUCUGGUCUGGUCAGUGUGAAUUAAUGGCAGUUUUGUGCUGUGUUACAAAGACACAUUUUUCACCGUUUACUCUUGAUACAACCACUUCCCCAUAUAGGUGAAUUUCAAAUAACUAAGUUUGUGUCACAGUUUGCAGAACAGCUCAAUUCAUAGACUGUCUUAUGUCUGAGAAUAAGCGAAAAAUAACGAUUGACAUGGUCCUUUUUCUGCUUGCU